UUAUAACAAAAGUAAAAAAGGAAAAGAAAAGAGGAACCAAAUUUUGUUCAUCAAGAAAGAAACAAAAUUUAACGUGUGAAAAUGGCCUUUUUCUAAAUUCCAAAUCACAUCGAACCAAGUUAUCGUUGUAAUCUCGAAGCUCUGAAGAAGUUUCGUCGUGUAAAUUCAAAUACUGAAAUUCCCAAAUCGAUGUUCUAAUUUCCCAUUGUCAAGUACUACAAAGUGCCACAUCGAAAACCCUAAAUCGAUACUUUUUUUGUUCGAUUCACCGGGUAAGUUUCAAAUUUCCUUAAUUUUCAUGCCAAUUAUUUGUAAUGCAAGAUUUUCCCCAUCAAAAUCUGCUUCAAAUUGUGUUGGUUAUAAUUCUUAGGGUUUCGUUUCGCGUUCAAGAAACCGAAACCCUAGACGAUUUUCAAGUAAUUGGGAGCUGAGAUUCCAUCCGUGAACGAUUGUGGUGUUGAUAGGAGAUUGGAAAUGAAGGCGCUGAAUGGGCUAUUGGGUUUAAGGCGCAGAAAACUUCACGGGGUUUUCAAUGGUUUGUGUGCUAUGGUUGUUUUCUUCUUUUUUUACAAUAGGGAAGAUAUAAUUCGUAAUCCGCUUCUUAGACAAUCCGCAUAUUUGGUUAAUCAUCAUGGUUUGCCUCAAAAUUCAAUUUUGAAGGAUGGGGUUUCUGUGAUUCACCGUAGAAUGGGUGAGAUUAGUGCUAACACUUCAAGUGUAGCUGCUGAGAAUGAUUUGGGUGUGAUUAAACCUGGACUGUGUGUUGGAUUGCUCCACCACGAUGGUUAUGAUAGCCCUUGUGAAUUCUUAAAGGUCAAUCCGCAGUGUACUUCUGAAGGAUACAUUGAUUACUUGAGGUUUUUCUUUUGUAAAUGUCAAAGUUUCAGGGUUCUUGGUUAUCUAGUAUUGGGUGUUUGGCUUGCUGCUUUGUUUUAUCUCUUGGGUAAUACUGCAGCAGAUUAUUUUUGUCCUUCUCUUGAGCAUCUCUCAGAGCUCUUGAAGUUGCCUCCAACUGUGGCUGGUGUUGUUUUGCUUCCACUUGGAAAUGGUGCACCCGAUGUGUUUGCCAGUAUAGCGUCGUUUGUUGGGACUGAUACAGGUGAAGUUGGUCUUAACAGUGUAUUAGGCGGUGCUCUGUUUGUUACCACUGUUGUUGUUGGAGUUGUUUCUCUUUGUGUUGCAGACAGGAAGGUUCAAAUUGAUCAACGAUGCUUUGUAAGGGACCUGAGUUUCUUUCUGUUCACCCUUUUUAUGCUGCUUUUGAUUUUGUUUGUUGGUAAGAUAGGUAUUGGGGCAGCCAUUGCCUUUGUAUCGAUUUAUGUUGUUUAUGCAUUCAUUGUUGCUGCCAACGAGCUAUUGCGGAAACAUGCACGGAUGCUGAAAUUGGAUGCUGUGACACCUUUGCUUCCUGUCCAAGGAAGUGUAUUCUCUGUUGGUACUGAAGAGGAUACGACAAUAUAUAGCUCUUUGCUUGACUUAGACACUGAGAGUGAUCCUCCCCGUCUCCCUCCUUCCCUGCCUCAGUGGAUGUGGUCUUCAAAUGUGGCAAUAUACUCAAACCAAGCAAAUAAAAUCAAUUUUUCAGAUGAUGAGAGGCCUCCUUGGGGAUGGAGUGAUGGAUCCACAGAAAACACCAGGUCGUCCUUCUCUGUUUCAAAGCUUUUUUUACUCAUGGAGAUGCCACUAGCAGUUCCUAGACGGCUAACAAUUCCAAUGGUUCAUGUGGAAGUAUGGUCAAAGUUCUUUGCCGUGGCCAGUGCUUCAUUGGCUCCCAUUCUCCUGGCCUUUUUGUGGAGCACCCAAGAUAAUGUGAGUAAAACGAGUAUUAUACUUGCUUAUUGUUUUGGCAUUUCUGUUGGAAGCACACUUGGUAUUCUUGCGUAUAAAUAUACAGUGUCUGAUUGUCCACCGUCCCAGUAUUUGAUUCCGUGGGUUCUCGGAGGAUUUGUCAUGAGCAUAGUUUGGUUCUACAUAAUAGCAAAUGAGCUUGUGGCUCUAUUAGUAGCUUUUGGUGUAAUUUUUGGAAUUAAUCCAUCGAUUCUUGGAUUAACCGUAUUAGCAUGGGGAAAUUCAAUGGGAGAUUUAAUGUCCAAUGUUGCAUUGGCAUUAGAUGGAGAUGAUGGUGUUCAGAUAGCUCUAUCUGGAUCCUAUGCAGGUCCUAUGUUCAACACACUUGUUGGUUUGGGAAUCUCAUUGCUGCUUGGCGCGUGGUCAAAGAAACCUUGUUUGUACGUGGUGCCUAAAGACAGUAGCUUAUUCUACACAAUGGGAUUUCUUAUCACAGGACUCCUAUGGGCACUUGUUGUUUUACCGCGCAACAACAUGCAUCCUAGCAGAAUGUUUGGAAUGGGUCUCAUCAUCCUUUAUAUGCUUUUUCUUUCUUUCAGAGUAUGUACUUCUUUGGGGCUAUUAACAAUUGCCGGUUUAAGUUAGACUUUUUAGCGACCGAUCUACGUUGUAAUCAUAAUGAUCCCGGCCCUUUGAGCCAUGAGCUGUAAUUUCUGUCAUGCAGAUAGCUGAUAAUAUAGGACAGAAAGUUCAGGAACUAGAAAAUCAGUCAGUUGUAGUAUGAAUGUGUUACCAUUGUUGUAUAUUCAAACACUUUGUUGAAAAAUUGUUUAAAUUUUGUGUUGA